AUAUAAUAUUUGCGGUAAGAAGAUAUUCUAUAAAUUUUUGUGGAAUUUAGUUUCGCUCAAUAAUGUUCAACUAAUAUAUAAAGGACAGGGAGGGGAACAAGCGAUUUUUCUACAGUAAGGAAGGAGUAGAUGAACUUCGGUACACUUCGGUCAAUUCCGUCAAAGUGGUUGACCAAUCAUGUUGAUGUAACUGCCCGAAAUUCAUGACUCCCCCUUCCCGUAAAAAUCACUUGCCCCUCUCAAAUGGUCUUCGUCUGCAGUCAAGUGCAGUCUGUCUAUUCCGAUGUCAACGUGACGAACGUGUUACGAGUUCGCUUAUUUAGUUGAACGCUUCGAAAUUAUUGUAUGUACAUAUGAGACCUUGGGAAAACGAGAGGAAUUUGCGUGUAUAAAGGUAUUAAAAAUGAAAUAUUCCACUUCGCCACCAGCCAGUCGAUGUCACUCGCCUGUUCCGACAGAAUUUUCAUCUUCAUUGCCAAUGCCAAUCGUUAACAGGCAUAAUUGUAUGGGUGCUGCGGCAAAAUGUUACAAGUAUUUGAGAAAACUACUAAAAUGUGAACAAAUGGAUUUUGAAUUUGCUAUUUGGCAAAUGAUAUUUCUACUUAUAGCACCACAGAAAGUCUACAGAAACUUCCAAAAUAGAAAACAAACAAAAUCACAAUUUGCAAGAGAUGAUCCUGCAUUUUUGGUGCUGGUCACAUGCUGUUUCUGUGUGUCAACCAUUGGUUUUGCUAUAGUAUUAAGUUUAGGAUUCUUCCAAUUUAUAAAGUUGUUAUUUUACAUGUUUUUUAUCGAUUACAUAGCUGGGAGCUUAUUAAUAGCUACAAUAUUUUGGUUUAUGACCAAUCGUUAUCUCAGGAUAGACAGACUACAAGAUGUUGAAUGGGGCUAUGCAUUUGACAUCCAUUUAAAUGCAAUGUUUCCUUCUUUAAUUAUACUUCAUAUCUUACAAUUGUUUUUAUAUAAUGCUUUGAUAAAUAAUGAUACAUUCUCAGCGCGAUUUAUUGGGAAUACUUUUUGGUUUAUAGCUAUGAUUUAUUAUAUUUACAUUACAUUUCUUGGUUAUGCAAAUACUGAAAUACUUCAUAAAACACAUCUGUUGCGUGUCUUCAUGUUAUUCAUAUUACCGAUAGUAUUUCUAACAUAUAUUACAACAUUAUGUGCAGGUAUCAAUAUCAGUUACUUCGUUAUGGAAUACUAUCGUUCUCGAGCUUUAUAAAUACGUCUUGUUAUAUGACUGCAAUGUGUUGAAUUUGAUUAAAUCUGUCUUUUGCAUUGACAUUAAAAUAAUGUAGCUACAUCCAAA